GUGACUUGUACAAAAUGGCAGACACCAUGGAGUUCAUUGAAUGUGCAGAAAACAGAGAAUGUGCGACAAAUGAUGUAAACAAAAUAACAACGUAAAAAAAUGUCACCAACUUUGACUUCAUUUAUUGGCCGAUUCCUUGUGUGUUUUUUGACAUGUGGAAUUAUUCUGACAUUGUCGACGUCAACCAUUUUUACACCUCUCUGGCUCGACUCCAUUUCACCAGGGAACAUCACGGCAAAUGGCAGUAGUACAGACAGCUUCCGACACGUAGAUGGAUUCAGCAUUAUAUUCCAAGUGAACUUGGUCUUCCUUCUUUUGAGUGGUAUCAUUGUUUUGUAUCUGAAAUUAUGUUCCAAUCAAUUAACAAGUGCUAAUCAAUCAUUUCCCAAGCUGCAGUUUUUCUGGAUAGGAUUUGCUGAUGCUCUUUCGUCUAUUUUUUCGGUGUACGCAUCCGGUGGUAAAAGAACAGCACCGUACUUACAGGCCAUAGCAAUUAAUUUAGCCAUUCCUGUCACAUUUAUUAUCAGAUAUAUUCUGCUGAAGAAACAUCCCACACCAAGGAAGGCAAUUGCUGCAUUGACUGUACUUGUAGCAGAGUUCAUAGCCUUGAUUCCCUCCAUAUUUCCGUCCCUUCAGAGUACAGAAGCCAGAGAGGAAGAUGGAGGAGCUAAGGGCAUAGCAGGAGUGCUUUGGCCCCUGUGUUAUACAUUGGCCUAUAUACCGCAAGGUGUUGUAAAUGUUGUAAUAGAACGGUCAACUAAAUCUCAAAUGAGAACUCACACUGGAGAGCUUGACCAUGUCCAUCCAUUUUACCUUAUGUUUUGGAGCUUUCUCUUUUGUUCCCUGAGUAUGAUAGCUCUUUUCUGGACAGACAUCUUACCUGGUUUUGGUAUGACCGAUGACAUUACAGAUUUUGGAAAUGUAUUCCUGUUCAAUCUAAAAUGUUUUGUGGGGCUGGAUCACUGUAGAACGGACAUGUACCUUUUUGCAUGGGCAUGUAUACUUGCCAUGUUUACAAACAGAAUCCUAGUCAUUCUGUUUCUACGUUUUUCUGAAGGGGCCAAUUAUCUAGUUGUCAUACAGAGUCUACAGACACCGGUGGUACUGCUGUUUUGGACAUUGUUCCAGGAACAUCCUUUCCGGUGGAACCCUGAAGGUCAUUUAUCUACAUGGCUGAGCAUUGUGGCAGUGGCCAUUAUACUGCCUGCAAUCUAUGUUUACAAUAAGAGUGAUAUGGAGUCCUCAGACAAACAAAAUUACCAACUGUUACCAGACAAUAUCACCUAUCAAAGUAUACAGGCCGACUCUCCAAAUGGAUCUGAAUACUCCUACCCUGUUUCUUUCCCUGAUGAAUCUGCCACAGAAUGAAGAAGCACUUUAAUAUUAAACAAUCAAGUGAGAUCCAGUGUAUAUUUGACCUCUUGAUGUAUUGUUAUAAUUUUCAUUAUUAAUAGUUACAUGUACAAAUGCUAAGGGAUACACUUUUAAUGAAGAGUUUUCUUUUUAGUUCAGGUGAACAAAAUAAUUAAUGGAUGAAGGAAACAAUGGAUGCAUAGAUGAGGGAAUGAAUGAUACACAAAUAAUUUUUUUACAAUAUCUGAGAUAUCUACAAAUAUGAAAAAUGAUAUGAAAAAUUGUUUAUGAUAUAUAAGAUAUGUAUGUUAAUACCCUGUGUAACAAUUGAAAUGUGGCUGGUACAGGUACACUAUACUGUAUUCUAGGUUUUGGAUUAUCUCUAUCAAGACAUUUACAAUUUAAAAAGAUUCUACUAUAUGUUUUAACCCAAUCCACGCGACAUGAUGUUAAAUAUCAAGGAGCUAGAAGACAGUAAGUGACGAGGAGAAAAAAACAUCAGCAUUUAUAAAUGUGUUGUAACAUGAAUGUCUCAAAUACUCAAAUAAUAAUUAUAAACGAAUGUUAGGAUAGUAAAAAUAGAGAUUGGAUGUGAGUGCGAAGUACAAAAAUACAAUUCUCAUCACAGGAAUACUUUGAUGUUUUCAUCUAAACAUUGAAAAAAUAAUUACAGUUUCAAUUAUUACUGCAUUCAAAUUAAUGAAUACAAUGAUUAUUUUUUUAUAAAUACAAGAGAUUAUUCUGCUGCAUUAUCAGUGAGGUAACUUACCCCCUCCUUCUGUCAAAGUGUGCAUUACAAUACUACAUCUUAUAAGUAUAUAUGCUACAAAUUCAGCAAAAUUUCUCCAAAAUGUAACUUUGAUAAUAACUUUCUUCAUUCUUCUGUUGUAAACAAUUUGUAUUCCAUUUGUUGUAUGCUGCUGGAUAGGGACUUAAGAAUCGUUUAUUACAUUUACUGUAACUUUUCUUGUUGGUUUUAAAUUAUUUCAUGUAAAUUCCAAUAUUAAUGUACCAAAGUAUGCACUGUGAUAUUUUUGUUGGUCAUCUAUUGAUGUUUAAUAUGCAUAAUGCUGUGUAUUUUGUUGAAUGAAAUUAUACUUUAAACUAUGUUAUAUAAAUGUUCUAUGAC